CGCGUCUGUUGGAGGCGGUUCGUCGUCUCCAACGCAGUCCGCGAAGACUUCUAAGGCGGAUAGUGCAGCCACUGCUACUACAUCAGAGCAAAAUGCAGCAGAGAACGCGGAGCCGCUUCAGCUCCAGCACCUUUCGUCAGCACCUCUGACACUCCAAUUGAUUGGCGAAAUGGACCGCAAAAUCUAUGUACCUGGAACGAAGUACGUUUUUUACCCAGGUGAACUCGAAAACUUCAUCAUGUCUCUAGCGAAUAAGCGAAUUCCGAAGCCUGAAAAUCUCUUGGAAGAGGAGCUGAUCGAGGACGAAGACGCGCCACCUCAAGAUGGAUCGGCCAAUGGUAAUGGCACUAGCAACGGUAACGGAGGAGCAGCUGCGGCCGUAACGGAGCAUUCAGCGUCAGCAGUAGUACUAGCUGCCGGUGGAGGAGGUGCUGCAGCAGGUGCCGCUUCGGGAGGCAACCAAGAGCAGCAGGAAGGCUCUGGCACAGCUGCUCCCAAGAAGACUUCGCUUCUCGGAGGAAUGUUUGGUUUGGGAGGUGGUAAGAAGUCGCCCGUUAAGGCAGCACCGAAGUACAGGAAUCGCAAAAGAAUCGCUGGCAAGCAACCGUGGAAAGACAAGCUGCGACUGAUGAUGAACCUUCAAACAAAAGGAGACAAACAGCGCAUGAAAAAAGCCGAACGCGAACGAUGGCGCAAAUCACAACAUGGACUCAAUUAUGGCUUGUUUUUACCACUAUUCUAUAAGCUAUCUUCAUAUAGUACGUCAAUUUGAAGAUGCUUCCUUGACUAUGAAUAUCACAUAGUGCUCGAACUGACGAAAAUGAGAAAGACACACCAAGAUGCGUCUCAUUCAUCUUAGGAUGGAUAAUUAAAGGUUGAAACAUUUCAUUUUUUAGUAGCAAUCUCAAGUAGAGAAGGCUUGUAAAAAUGAAAUAGAAAUGUUUCAACCCUUAAGAUAACAUAAGACUAGCGGGUCACUCACCCUCUAACUUACUCUCGUUGACGAAUACGUGGAAGAUUGCGUGAUCAAAGGUGCGCCAUCAGACGACAACGCUGAAGUGAUACAAUGCUACCUCGUUGUCGCGAAUGACAUGACACGAGUACAGAAACACGAGUUAGGACUCUUCGUGCUGCGAGAAGCGAGAGAGAUUAUGAAGGCUGCUCACUGGCUGGACUUACUUAUUUAAAUCUAACUUUAUCAAAUGAAGAUAAAAAUACUUGUUCAGGAGGAGAUUAUGAAGGCUGCUCACGACUGGGACUUUAAUAAAUCUAACUCUAUCAAAUGAAGAUAAGACUUGUAAGCUCUACUUCUAAUUACAGUGGCAAGUUCCCAAGGGACAUGCUUCCCCGUGACGUGAAAGUCCGCUGCACACUAUGAAGCGAAAAAGUGUACUCAUCCUCAAGAAAGUAGGCACUUUCUAAGUAGGGAAAAACCUCUUUUCUUGAGUAUGAGUACACUUUUUCCUGUCAUACACACGAGAUGUACGACGAGAUCCCUGCACUGGACUCCUGAUACGCGACUCAGUGCGCGACGUGCGGUUGUGGAAGGAAUUCUAUGAAUCUGAGAUGGCAUUUGGGCAGAUGCUAGAGCGGCGCCUGACCUCAGAGGAGCGCGCGUUCCGCGAGGCAGAACGAGCGAUGGCGGAGUGGUAUAUGCAGAACAUGGCACAGGAGAGAGUGGAAAAAAGGCGUGCAAGAUUGGAAAUUAUGAGAACUAUUUUUUGUACACGUAAGCGUAAGUUCUUUGAGUAACAAAAUUACUGUAAGUAGUUUGUAACAUCAUAUUGAUAUUCAUUAUAGUGCCUCCACCUAGUAAAAUUUGUAAGCGCGAGCGCAAGAAGUUGUAAAGGUAACAAACAAGUAAUCACGCACAAAACUGAAUGGUUCUAAUAACUGACGUCAGCAGCGUCGCGAGCACUACGCGCGUGUAAGGCAAGCAUAUUUGCAACGAAUGCGGCGCACCCGGGAUGAAAUUCGCGAGCACAACGAGCGAGAGGAAAAAGAGCUAAACGAGACCGAAGACUGGUCACGCAAGGUCGAAAACGGAGAGCGGGUAGAAAUUCCUGACUUUCUACGUCUGCAAGGCACUGUUGACGACGACGGCAAUCCAAUACCUGCGGCGGGAAAUGUUAUGACAUUUAAGUACUUCUAGUUUCUAGUGCUAGUAGUUCUAAGUUUUACUUUUAAGUUUAUACUCUUUCAACUAGCAGGUAAACUUCGACCACUGGAUACCCGAGGACGCCUCUUGUAAGUUCGACUACAACUUGAUGUCUCUUUCAUAUACUUAUUCGCCGUCCGUUAUUUCAAGUUGAGCGUACUAGUAACAUUCUCUAAGGGAAAAGGUGGUGACAACGAGAAUGCCACAGCUGCGCUGCACGAGGCGACUGCCGCGGAUGGUCAGCAAGAGGGCACUGUCGAAGAUGGAGACGCUCCUGAGGGUGCACGCGCUGCUUGAAAAAGUACUCUAGUAUCAUCAUCUGUGCUACUGCGCGUGCGCCGCGAGGACUAUCAGAACAACAGAAAGAACUCAGUAGAAUGAAUACUUGAAUAACCUAGCUUUGCCAAGCAAUGAAGUAAGCUUGAAGUUGAAUUUGGAAAAAAUACUGUCACAUCUAUAUAUUUUUUUGCUAAGCGAUGGGUAUGCGGGAAAAUUAGGAAGAUACAACAACUAUUACCAAUUAUACCAUCGAGUACUAAGAGAACAACGUUUUAUAUUUUGCUAGACGAGUAAGGCUACUACACUAGCUCCUCCGUUGUCAUCAGAAAUAAUGUUUCGCACGUCUAGAAGCAAAUUUUGCCGUCCGUUAUUGAUUAGUUUUGCACAGCUGCUUCGAUCGUUAGAUUACAACGACCACGACGUCGACGACGAUGAUUGAUUUCUAUUUCUGUAUUUUUUUCUUUCACGACCCGGAAGAAAUUCUUCGAAUAUACAACUUAAAUCAUUGUUUCGUUCACACCACAAUGAAACAGCAAACUCAGGAUUAUUGCAACCAAG